ACCAGCUGUUUUCCUAUCAAAAAUUCCGGAACGAUUUUAUGUUAGAAGAGUUUCAGUUUUAGAAGUUUUUAGAAAUUUUAUCUACGAUCAAUUGAAGAUUCUUAUGACUGAAUUCUUACCUAUUUCUUUUGUUUAAACAAGCAAUUUCAUCGUAUUUAGUAUGAGCUGAAAUUUAAUGACUACUCAGCACGGCAAAAUCAGGCAGGAGAUUAAACACAGGUAUUCCCUCAAUGAUUAAUAGACAGUUACACCUAUGGUCCAAUUCAAGGAUGUAUUCAUUUUUCUAAAAUACAAGGUCUGCAAUGGCGGGGACUGAGGAUGAGGGUGAGGGUAAGAGGUACAUUGUCACGUGUGAAAGCUCGUGCAGGUGCACUAAGAUCAUCUCACGGAUCUCCUCCAUGGCUAAGACUUCUUCCCCUCGCUUGUAUUAUUAUUAUAAUAGUGGCGCUUGGAAUUCUCGCAAUAUCAGAGAUGUCAAUGCUAGGAAAGCAAGGAGCACCGCCACCCGUUAUGGGUGGAGGGGGUGCUGCUGCCAGAAUUAUGCCUGGCCGGGUUCACAAACAUUCGUCAUCCCAGCAAAAACCGACACCGACUUCGAAAGGGAUAGUUUUCAAAAUGGAGCCGCUAUUGAGAAGAAAUGCCUUAAGUGUAGAACUGUGGGCACAGAUUGUGCUGAACAGAGUCAGAGGUCGGCUUUUGGCCCGUACAAUCGAAAAAGAACAGGACGUAGACAGAGUCGAAUUUUGUCAACCAUUUCCAUUGCCUGAUUGUCCCAAAGUUCCUCCAGAAAUAAGUCGUACGGUAAAUGUUCAACAAUGGCUGCAUAAUCGCAACAAUUCUACAACACCUAAACCAUCAGGUCUAUUUUCAACAAUUGGAGGGACCUGGAGGCCACCUCAUUGCACAUCGAGGCAUUCAAUUGCAGUUAUAAUACCAUACAGAAACAGAAAAAACCAACUUGAUGUUCUUUUAGACUACCUCCCACCUCUUUUACAAAGGCAACAGGUCAACUAUAGAAUUUUUGUAGUUGAACAGAUUGGCAAUGAUACAUACAACAAAGGGAUUCUAAUGAAUGCUGGUUUUCUCACUGCCCUAGAAAUGCCUUCUGAAGGUGUAACGUACCACUGUUUUAUUUUUCACGACGUCGAUUUGCUACUUGAAGACGAACGGAAUAUGUACACCUGUCCUCAACAGCCGAGACAUUUAUCUGUGGCUGUUAACGAGCUGGGUUAUAAAUUGCCUUAUCGAAUACUUGUAGGUGGAGUUUUUGCCAUUAGGACAGAACAUUUCCUAAGGGUUAAUGGAUACUCCAAUCUUUAUUGGGGUUGGGGAGGCGAAGAUGAUGAUAUGGGAUAUAGGGUUGAGCAUGUAAUGUCUUCGAUUUCAAGACCACCCGAAUGGAUUGCAAGGUACACGAUGCUAAAGCACGACAAACGAAGACCGCUUUCCCGAAAAGUCAGAAUGAAACUACUUCGCACGUCGUGGAGAAGGUACAGGCUAGAUGGCUUGAACACUGUCCAAUACGGACUGGGCGAUGUCAUCGAGAAAGAUUUGUUCACGCACGUUUUCAUCGACGUUGGCCCUCCACCCAACUCGUACAGGAUAAUUGAAGAAGAGGAAAGUGUGAAGAACACAAAAUAAAUUGUUAUCGACGGCUCAAUUAGAAUCCCUCCACAAAAUUACAAACAGAAAGUUAAUAAUAGAAUCUUACCAGUAAAUGGGCGAGAUUUAAAAAUAAACAAGUAACUCUCAUGCUCGUCUAAAAUACUCAAUUGUUUUGAAUUGAUGUCACUUUGGAUUAGAACAUAACAAAUUAUUUAAAAAACUAGACUACCCUCUAAUUCAAAAGACAUAAAAUGCAUUCUAAUGUGAAUUGUGAUUGUCGCAAGUGCCUUUCAUUAAGAGUUUUUCGGUGGCUCUCCAACUCGCCUUCUCAGUGCAAAAAUAUCAGACAUCUUUACUUUUAUUUUACAUUAUUUAGUAAAAUAUUAAAAUAAAAGUCCUAAAAAUGUGUUGAUAAAAUUCUAUUGUGGAUGUAAUAUAAUCUAUAGAGAUAAUAUGAUUUCAGCAAUGUUGAAGCUUUCAAAUUAAAUGUACAGUUCGUGAUUAAACCGUGAAAAAAAAAUAUUACGUGCCAACAGCAAAUUUCAACUAUUAAUCAGUAUCAUCACUAGUGUUAGCUAAUAUAACUAUAUUUAUAUACUGUAUAAGUCUAGUAUUUUAAUAUGCAAAGUGCCAAUUGUAAAAAUAACAUGUAAAAUUGAGUUAAUAAAAUAUAUAAAG